GCAGUACUACUACUACCAUCAUUAGUACCGUCUACGGAAAAAGGCGGAAAGAGCGCUUACCGGCGCGAGCUUUCCUAAUUCAGUCAGUAGCUCCAUCGGCCCAGCGGUACCAUCGCCCAGUACUAUUCUGAAGAGCAUACUGCCAAGGUCGACUUGACCGUGCACUUGAACCGUCGGUGUUUGUUUUGGUUGGCUGUUUUUUGGCGCGCAGUUUGACUUAUUUUGAAAAUGGUUUUUUUGGUAAACUGAACUUUGGUUGGCAAUAACCAAUAAUUUAUAUUUAAAAAAAAAAAACUUUUCGUGUGGACGUUGUAAUUAAUUAAAAAAAAAAACAGUUAUUUUAAUAUGUUGGGUAACCAAGUGUGUGUCCUUCUGUUGACGUUUAUUUUCAUGGUAACAAUAGAGGCGCAAGAUUAUGAAGUCACAGAAAUUCAAUGCACAUUCGCCAUCAAUAACCUGGGAAGUACAAAAGACACGAUCUUAGCAAAACUUCGAAAACCCGAGGGAUUUAAAGGGCAUCCACUAUUCGCAGACGAUAGGGCGGUCGAUCCAGAAACCGAUCCCACUUGUCAAAUUAAACCAGACCUGACAGACACGGCGGGAUUAAAGUAUAAUUUAAAAAUUACUGAUUUUGGCAGGUGUGGAGUUUUGAAGAGAAACGGAUUCGUUCACGUACGAGUAUGGUUUCCACAAUUCCCAGGAGUAGUCAUGCAAUCAGACCAGGAACUGAUCAUAAUGUGCAAGCCUCCUGAGCCUACUGUCAUCGAAAAUAAAGCAGCGGGAUUUGCAGGAAGUUUUCCCCACGGUGCAAGAGUAUCAGGUGUGGUAGAGGAAACUCCCGGCAGACUCGAGUAUGAAGUGGCUUUAUAUAAAGAAGCACCUGCAGCGAAAAUUAGCAAUAAUAUAACUGGAAAUAACAAUGAGCUUCCGGUUGAUCAAGCGGUGCCAAUAGGAACGAAACUACAGUUACGGGCACGCAUCAACCCGGAAUCUGCAUGGAAGUACGUAAAAUUGAUGGAAGUAACCGUAUCGCCCGACCCCGAUGACCCGCACAUGCACGGAAGCGUCGCUCUUGUGAAAGAUGGCUGUAGAAACAGAGACUUCCAAUCAAUAAUACCACACCAACCAGCUAGAUAUAGAGACCGCCAUAACGAAGUUUUCUUGGAUUUCGAGGCUUUCCUUCUAAGCACAAUGAAAGAAAAAUCAACACUCUGGAUACAUUCGCAAAUCAAAGCCUGCAUGGAAGCCGUGGACUGUCAGCCAGACUUUUGUUUGGACUUAUAUGAGCCCUCUGGACAUGGACGAAGAAAGCGACGUAAUGCAGCCGAUGUAGUAGAAAUAGUUGAAAGCGAUGAACGUCUAACGGGUCUACAAAGGUACAACUCAACACACUUUACAAAGAUCAAUGGCAAUUUGGAAUAUACAGUUCUCAUGCCUGGAGAGUUCUUUCAAAAAGCUUCAGUGAUGGAAAGUAGCUGCAGCACGUUCUUAGCGGUAGCAGCUAUUUUGGGUUGUCUUCUCUUUAUGGCAGCAUUCCUAAUGUGCUGGCUAGCAUCUAAGCUUCACACAGCACUUCUUGUGGCUAAUGAAUCAAAUAAGAACGUUGAUGAUUAUGUGAGAGAAAAUAGAAAUUAUAUUAGUGAUAGCUGUUUAUAUACUGGAAGAGGUACCACUCAAUGAGGAUGGUCCGAAGUUUCAAUGUGGGAAAAUUGCUUGAAGCUUUAAUAAAGUUAUUUUUAUGAUUUGCUGACUAGUAAACCAAAUCUUAUAUAAUAAUUUUAAGGUUUUAAAUUUUUUUAUGUUUGGCCAGUAAGUAAAAUUUUUUCAAUAUUUGAAAAAAAUUAUUAUUUGUAAUCAAAAUUUUUUAACGAAUAAACCAGAAAAUACAAUUAUGUAACAUAGUUGGAUAGCAAAUAUAUAGAAUAUAGUCUUAUUUAUUUAUAAUACAUAAGUUGUACAUAAUAUAUGUAUGUUAUAUAGGGAAAAUUUUGUAUUUUUGAAAAGUACAGAUGUCAAGAAAUUUUACAAACAAACUUUUGUAAUUUUUCUCGGCCGUUCUUAUAUCUGAUAUUUUUCAAAUAUUUCUGGGUAGGUAGCACGCGUAUUUAGCUUUUAAUAAAUAUAUUUAAUUUAGAAAGUUAA